AUGGCAUUUGUCCGUGGAUGUGAUGGCACAUUUAAAGUAGUGCCUACAUUUUUAGAAAAUGAUAUGUACCAGUUAUUUACUUUCCAUGUAAUUUAUAAAGAUGUUAUCCUUGCUUUGCCAUAUUUGCCAGCAAUACGCCAAGGCGAUAUCGUCAAGUCAAUGAUAGAUGAAUUUCAGUCAAUUGUAGAUUAUGUUCAUGAAUAUCCAGAAAUAGCAGCACAACUUACAGAUUUCUUAUUAAACUAUGUUUGGGCAUAUUGGUUUGGCACAAUGGGACCGUCGGCAAUAACUGUUUAUAAUCAAGACAUAAGGACCAAUAAUUACAUCGAAACUUACCACGCUACAAUAUUGAGACUAAUUAAGCCGCAUCCCAAAGUGUGGGAAUUCCUUAGCGAAGAAGAACUUUUAAUACAUGCUGCCCAAUAA